GAAGUCCGACGAAUCAAAAUAGAGACCAAACGCCAGAAGCGGAAGUAUAACGACGACAGCAAUAGUUAUAUCGACUCUUCCAGCAAUUUAUCCCCUGAACAGUCAAAUUCAGGCCACAAUUAUGCCCACAAAGACAUCAAUAGCAUCAACACAAACACCUGUUCCCCACCAGACGUCAAGAACACCAUAACCAAUGAUGACUCUGGCAAUGGAUCCAAUAUAUCCAAUUUACACGGUAUGGAAGUGGAAGUGCUUUCACCACACAUUAGCCACAUAUCAACCGAUGAUAAUAACACCGAUGCCGUUGUGUCUGACAACUUGUCUGUCGUACCGGUUGGGCGAUCGAUCACUGACUCUGACACUAACUCAAGAGGUAUGGAAGUGGAAGUGUUUGAGCCAAAAUCAUCAGAAGAUGAUAUCAACAAUUUGAUUAAGUUUGACGACUGGCCUGUCGUACCCAUUGGGCGACCCAUCACUGACUACAACAACGGCUUCAACGAGAAAGAGUACAAUAGUCUCAAUGAGUUGUUGGCGGCCACCAGUCAUUUGCAGCGAAACUUCAUACCAUUUGUCACGUCAGAGCCCACCGUUUCCGAGGAAUGCGCCAGAAUUUUGUUCACUAAAUGCGAGAAAGAUAUCCCAAAACUGGUGAAGAUGUGUAAGAGUUUGCGCGGAUUUAACACUGUCUGCGACUCCGACCAGAUCUCACUCCUCAAGUUGGGGGGACUGGAGAUGAUUUUGUUGCGCUCAAUCAUCACCUAUGAUAGUCUCACCGAUAGUUGGAUUGUGUUCGAGGAUAACACCAAAUCCGCGCGCGUGAGCCUUAAAUUAUGGCGAUGGACUAAACCUGAACCUGGUAUUUCAAAUCAUGGAUUUUACCACAUGCACCACAAGUAUAUAUCAAAUAUGAUGGACAUAUGGGACGGCGAUCCCCUUACUCUCGAUUUGUUAACAUUGAUAUUGCUGUUUAAUCCGAACCGACCUAACCUCACACAUAGGGAUACCGUUAAACUCCAGCGACAAAUGUACAUUCAUUUAUUGCAACGAUAUUUACAUUUAAAAUAUCGGUCUGAAUGCGAGGCAAAGUUACGGCUAAUGAGACUAAUGAGUAGUUUCGAAGACAUCCAUGAGCUGGGCAUAUGUCACGCCAAUGCCUUCAUGGAUUGGAUACUGAAUGACGAGGAGAGGGAAGUCCGACGAAUCAAAAUAGAGACCAAACGCCAGAAGCGGAAGUAUAACGACGACAGCAAUAGUUAUAUCGACUCUUCCAGCGAUUCAUCCCCUGAACCGUCAAAUUCAGGCCACAAUUAUGCCCACAAAGACAUCAAUAAUAUCGACACAAACACCUGUUCCCCACCAGACGUCGAGAAAACCACAAACUUUGAUGUCUUUAACGAAUCGGACUCCCGAGGAAUGGAAGUGCUUUCGCCACACAUUAACGACAUAUCAGACGAUGAUAUCAGCGAUUUGAUUGAGUUUGACAACUGGCCUGUCGUACCGGUGGGUCGACCCAUCACUGACUACAACAACAACUUCAACGAGAAUGAGUUCAGUCGUCUCAAUGAGUUGUUGGCGGCCACCAGUCAUUUGCAGCGAAACUUCAUACCAUUUGUCACAUCAGAGCCCACGGAGUUUUACGACUGCGUCCACACUAUACUAAACAAAUGCGAGAAAGACAUCCCAAAUAUGGUGAAGAUGUGUAAGAGUUUGCGGGGAUUUAACACUGUCUGCGACUCCGACCAGAUCUCACUCCUCAAGUUAGGGGGACUGGAGAUGAUUAUGUUGCGGUCCAUUGUCACCUAUGAUGGUCUCACCGAUAGUUGGAUUGUAUACGAGGAUGAUAACAAAUCGUCUCGGGUUAGCCUGAAUAUGUGGAUAAAAGACCCUGAUCCUACUAUAAGUGUAGGCCUGUAUGAAGAACAUAAGAAAUAUAUAACAAAUAUGAUGGACCUAUGGGAUGGCGAUCCCCUUAUUCUCGAUUUGCUAUCAGCGAUAUUACUAUUUAACCCGAAUCGUCCGAAUCUCGCUCAUAAGGAGACUGUUAAACUCCAGCGACACAUUUAUAUGCAUUUAUUGCAGCGAUAUUUACAACUGAAAUAUCGGUCCGAAUGCGAGGCGAAGACACGGCUAAUGAGACUAAUGAGUAAUUUUGCGGACAUCCAGAGGUUGAGUGUACGACACGCCAACUCAUUUAUGAUCAAACAGGCCCCGCAGGCCGACCCACCACUUCCCCUACUCAAAGAGAUUUGCGAUACGAAACCCUCGUAUGAAUUGAUGGUUUUGUGACUCAUUUGCUGAGGAAUUGUUGAGAAAUUGUUUUAAAAAUAGAGGAAAAUAUAUACAUUUAAUUCAUUU